CUCUGGCAUCAUUGACCUCUUACCAUCUCCCAGCGCUGCCACUAACUGGACUGCAGGACUGCUGGUGGACAGUAGUGAGAUAAUCUUCAAGUUUGAUGGCAGGCAGGGUGCCAAGAUCCCCGAUGGGAUUGUGCCCAAGAACCUGACGGACCAGUUCACCAUCACCAUGUGGAUGAAACACGGCCCCAGCCCCGGCGUGAGAGCUGAGAAGGAAACCAUCCUCUGCAACUCAGAUAAAACUGAAAUGAACCGGCAUCACUAUGCCCUGUACGUGCACAACUGCCGCCUUGUCUUCCUCCUGCGGAAGGACUUCGACCAGGCCGACACCUUUCGCCCUGCAGAGUUCCACUGGAAGCUGGACCAGAUUUGUGACAAAGAAUGGCAUUACUAUGUCAUCAAUGUGGAGUUUCCUGUGGUUACCUUAUACAUGGAUGGAGCAACAUAUGAACCAUACCUGGUGACCAACGAUUGGCCCAUUCAUCCAUCGCACAUAGCCAUGCAGCUUACAGUCGGCGCUUGUUGGCAAGGAGGAGAAGUCUCCAAACCACGGUUUGCUCAGUUCUUCCAUGGCAGCCUGGCAAGCCUCACUAUCCGCCCGGGCAAAAUGGAAAGCCAGAAGGUGAUAUCCUGCUUGCAGGCCUGCAAGGAAGGGCUGGAUAUUAAUUCCUUGGAAAGCCUUGGCCAAGGAAUAAAGUACCACUUCAACCCCUCGCAGUCCAUCCUGGUGAUGGAAGGUGAUGACAUUGGGAACAUUAACCGUGCCCUCCAGAAGGUCUCCUACAUCAACUCCAGACAGUUCCCGACAGCGGGUGUGCGACGCCUCAAAGUCUCCUCCAAAGUCCAGUGCUUUGGGGAAGAUGUGUGCAUCAGCAUCCCUGACAUAGACGCCUAUGUGAUGGUCCUACAGGCCAUCGAGCCCCAGAUCACCCUCCGGGGCACUGACCGCUUCUGGAGACCUGCUUCCCAGUUUGAAAGUGCCAGAGGAGUGAUCCUCUUCCCUGACAUCAAGAUCGUGAGCACCUUCGCCAAAGCCGAGGCCCCCGGGGAUGUGAAAACCACAGCCCCCAAAUCAGCCAUCUUAGAAGAAAUGCUUCACAACUUAGAUUUCUGUGACAUUUUGGUGCUUGGAGGGGACUUGGACCCAAGACAGGAGUGCUUGGAGCUCAACCACAGUGAGCUUCACCAACGACACCUGGAUGCCACUAACUCCACCGCAGGCUACUCCAUCUAUGGUGUGGGCUCCAUGAGCCGCUACGAGCAGGUGCUGCACCACAUCCGCUACCGCAACUGGCAUCCAGCCUCCCUUGAGACCCGACAGUUCCGGAUCAAGUGCUCAGAACUCAAUGGGCGCUACACCAGCAAUGAGUUCAACUUGGAGGUCGGCGUCCUCCGUGAGGUCAGAGUCUCAGACAAGGAACACGUCAACCACCUGAUCGUGCAGCCUCCCUUCCUCCAGUCUGUCCAUCAGCCUGAGUCCCGGAGUAGCAUCCAGCACAGUUCAGUGGUCCCAAGCAUUGCCACGGUGGUCAUCAUCAUUUCCGUGUGCAUGCUGGUGUUUGUCGUGGCCAUGGGCGUCUACCGGGUCCGGAUCGCCCACCAGCACUUCAUCCAGGAGGCCGAGGUUACCAAGGAGGCCGAGAUGGACUGGGAUGACUCUGCACUAACGAUCACAGUCAACCCCAUGGAGAAACAUGGAGAACCAGGGCGUGGGGAGGAUGAGACUGAGGGCGAGGAGGUUGAGGAAGACAUGAGCUCCAGCAGCAGCGCCUCGGAUGACAGCGAAGAGGAGGAGGAAGAGGAAGGGACGGGCCGAGGCAGACGCGGGCAGAGCGGCACCAGGCAAGCCCAGCUGGAGUGGGAUGACUCCACCCUCCCCUACUAGCGCCUGGAGCUCCACCGCCAGCCCACGUGUCUUUUUUGUAAGCCCGACCCAUGUAUGCCCGUGUCUCUCACACCUCACCUCUGUGUCUGUGACAGGUCUGGGAGGCCUUCUCCAGCUUCCCAGAACCCAUUCCUCAUGCCUCGGGCACUCCCUGUGUCCCAGCCAUAGGGUGGUUCCAGGAAACCCAGCGUCAUCAUCAGUGGGGACUUCAGGGUGGACUUUGUCCUGUAGCCCCCACUUCUGCCCUGGGCUCACCCAGCCUCCUGUCAGCCCCGUCUGCAGAGUUCUGCCUUUGCUCUUAUCUGCAGGGGAGAGGGUCAGCCUUUACACCACUCACCUCCCCCAGGCUCAGGCUUCCCAAGGCCCCUGGGUUCCUAUACACUGUGUGGUGCAUGCACCUGCUGAAUCGUCUCUCUCCACACAGACCAGCAGGCCCUCCUUACGCUGACUCUCCAGGUGACUUCCUAUGGGGAGGGUGGCUGAACUUCAUACAACUAAGGUCUGAGUGCUUAACACUUAAAGGAAAGUCCUUGUUGAGGCAGAAUUAAGUUUACAGGGAAAGGUACAUGCACACUCUCCCCAGGUUGGAGAGCCUUUCCCUUUGCUUCUUUCUAAGCUUAUAUGAAAAGUCUGCAACCAAGAAUAGGUCCUUGGCCACAAGAGGGGCCUGGUCCUCACCAAAGCUAUCUGAGCCUGCCUGCCUGGGCAGCUGCUGAGACUUGGGUGGCUGGCCUGCCUGGGGGCGCACCACACAAAACCCAGGGCCGGGAAGCAUCCACACAAGCACUGCCCCCAUGACAGCCACGACAAGCCUAUAGCCAGGAAGCAGAAGGGAGGGCUCAAGAGAUGACAUGACUGGGCUCCAUGGCUGACAUCGAUCUGGGAGAUGGAUGGCGCAGCUGGGCUCCCCAAGGACAGAGGGACCUCAAGGUUGGCGAGGCUCUCACCACCUAGCCUCGUGGUCCCUUAUCUCCUAUUUUACACAGCUUUUCCUCUAGAGAAGAUACACCCAUCUCAGAUGUGUUAGAACAAGCACGAAAUCCACCAAGUCUAAAAAGAAAGUUUGGAAAUGCAACAGCUAGGAAUUAGCAGCUGCUUCUUUCUUCUCAUAAAAAAGAAAAAUGCUUUGGGUAGAGGACAGAUAUAUCCAAAAACCUAAUUUCUUUUUCUCUUCUUUUUUAAUAAGGAAGUCUUUUCCAUUUCCAUCCUCACACGGACAGCUCUUGAGGAGAAUUGUUGCUAUAGUAACUGGUCUGUGAUCUUUUGUGACCAAGAGAAUAGCAGGCGAGAAUGAAGGCUGUUAUAGGACUUCCAAGAGGCCCUGAACGUCUCGGGUUCCUCUUUGUCCUCAGUAUGUACGAGAUGUCCUCAUCCUCCAGUCCCUCCCCAAUCUUGUUCCAUAUUGGUUUAGAACAGGCACAGAGCUGGUCCCUAGUCAAGUGGCUUUCAGAUUCAACAGAAAGUUCAGAAUCUGCUCAGUCUAGUCCAUGUGCCGUCAAAACAGAGAGCUUAAGAAAGGCGAGUGCUGCCAAUGUCCUCUAGUCUGACCUCAACCCAGGGAGAAUCCACGGCAGGCCUUUGCAACCUUCUGCCUCGGGAGGACUACCUUAUGCAGCUUUUUCCAUCUCCCACCAUGUUUUUGCAUCUGUUCCCUCCUUUGGACCUCAGUAAUCCUGUGAAGUAGUUGGGACAUCUGAUGCUAGCCACGUUUUCGUGAUGAGUAAACUGAGGCUGGGAUUCAGUGUCUUGCUCAGAGUCGUUCAGAGGUGUAGGCAAGACCAGACUCCCCACCCUCCACUUCUGGUCCAGGAUUCUGCUUAUGUCCAUAUCCAUGCAUCUAACAGACAUGGCCGAGGGGCCGCUAUGUGCUAAGCACGCUACCAACAGCUGUGGGGAUGGGAUGAAGCGGAUAAGUCAAGUCCCCCACAGAGGGCUGUAAGGUUGCAGAGGGGAGACAAACAGGCCUAGGAAUUAUACAAGGAUGAAUGCAGAGAGGGGGAGAAGAGAAGUCACAGGAGGAGAGGGACAUGCUUACGAACUCAACCGGUGAUCUUACUUUUCCCUUCUUAGGGAGAAACACUGAAAGAAGCUCAGGCUUUUACAUUUGCUGCAUGGGAAUAAAUGCUUCUGCCAUGCAUUCUCCCAGCCAGCUAGCCCUUUCCUGUCAGGCUGUGUCUGCACACCCACAGGAGAAAAUCUGUAGGAUUGGUUAGUCCUCACAAUCCUGUUACUUAAAUAAAAACUUAGGAGCUACUGAAUUCUCUUAAAAUUAUGGCAGUGAAAGGAACACUUUUUAUGUUAAAAUCCUAUUCUUCUUGUAUUACAUUUUGAUUUAAGAUUUUUAAGUCCAGUGUUUAUAAGAGCCCUCUCCUCUCUGCUCAGUCUUUUCGGCUUGGGGUGGGGAAGGUGUUCCUCAUGUCCUCUGGCUGUCUCUUAUGGCUUCUCUGCUUAUCCAUGGGCAAGCGAGCUGUUAGAAGUGUUGUGAAGUCUUUAUAUGUCUUUUGGGUGUGGGAGAAGGAGGGAGAAGGUGAAAGUGGCACUUGGCUAGGGCUGCAGAGAUGAGUCAUUUGAAGAGGCAUUUGCAGAGAGACAAAGGUGACAAUAAAUCAGAGUCCUUUCCCUCAACUCUUGCUGUGAGAGGUGACUCUGAGCAAGCUGCAAAAGGGGGGCACUUGAAUGAUGCUGCUGGGACCACAAGUAUUUAUCGUGCUCCCCGUGCCCUCCUUAUCACCGGGGCUGAGGACAAGAUGGGGGCGGUCAUAUGAAAAGAGCAGAAGCACCGGGAGGUAUCCAGGUGAGUGGCGGGUAGAGUAACUUGCCGUCCACCAGAUAGCCUGAUCAUGAGUGGGAAAGGCCUGGCAUUUAAUCAGCCUGGCAUUUUCCAGCCUCCAUAUGCUGGCAUCUGGGAACUAAAACUCCCAGAUAGCCCAGACACCCUGUGACCUCUCAUUCAGAUGUCAGCAGCCAGGCAGAUGCAGGCUCAUGCCCAGGAGGAACAGCCGACUGGUUUGGCCACAGGCCAGUGCAUUGCUUGUCUUGCCAAGUGAAUGACCAGAUUCUGCUCUCCAGAGCUUGAAGGCAGAUAGGCUGAAACCUCUCAGAUGACUCAGAUGACAGAGGAGGAGGUAGAGGAGGUUGAGACUGGAAAAGGCCAGUACAGAAUGAGUUACCCCAGUGGGUAAAGCAAUCAACUAGUUGGUGACCUGUCUUUAAAAAUACUAAAAAUAUGUCCUAAGAGAUUUAAUCAUUAAUGCUGUAAGUCUGACCAAGGCCCAAAUCCAUCUAGAUACCAAAGACGUAAUUUGAAUGGGAUCUCUUUUCAUUACCACUUUCUUGCAUUCACUCAGUCAUCCUAUCAAACAGGGUUUAGACCAAACAUCUCUGUAUUUAACAAGGGCUAUACCUUGCGGACAUGGCCCCUCCAGUGACAGGAAUCCUGGUGGGAAACAAUGUUCUCCAUUCCUAUAUGUCAGGGCCAGGAAACUUUAUCUGUAAGGAGCCAGACAGUAAAUAUUCUGGGUUUUGUGGGCCAUGUGGUCUCUGUCACGAGUACUCAGCUCUACCGUUAUAGCGUGAAAGCAGCCACAAACAACACAUAAACAAACAAAUAUUCUGAAAACCUUUAUUUAUGAUCAUUGAAAAAGCAGGCAAUUUGAAUUUAAUUUUCAUACAACAAAACUUUUUUUUUACUCUUUUGAUUUUUCCUUUCAACCAUUUAAAAAUAUAAAAACUUUUCUUAGCCCACGGGUCAUACAAAAACUAGCAGCUGGCCAGAUUUGGGCAAACUACAGUUUACCAACUUCUACCCUACAUGCAUGGAAAGCAGCCUUCUAUUUGCCAGGAGAAAGCACACUGCUAUCACAGCCCUCCCAUCAACUACCCAGUGGUCUUCACCUCCAAACUGAACAACAGGAAAACUCUAUAAUCUUUAACUAAGCUCUUUUAAAAGUCCAUGUUCCGGGGGAAAAGCAAAAACAAAAAGCACUUGUUACUUGUUGAAUUGACAAACUGAGACAAACAUUCCUCAAGACUAGAAAGCCCUGGAUCCAGGGAACUGACUAAUCACUGGGCACUAACGCCACGGAGGCACGUGUGAACUCCCCGGGCUCAGUGUCUUCCCGCACAGCUCAGCCCAUAACGAUUUCUAAGCAGAGUAUUCAUUAUCUCAGACUGAUUUUCAUUUCAGUCUUGCUCAUGCCAACUCUCUAAAAAUGAUCCUAAAGACUUGUGACUGUUUCAAUCAAUAGCAACACAAUCAGUAGAAAGCCCAACCUAGCACACUUCAAAAUUAGCAGUCUUCUGGCUCUGUGACUCAAUAUUAGCAAGAGGAAGAAAAAGACUUUUCUUCACCAUCCCCUCAUUUAAACAAACCAAAUAGGCUUCACAAUAAAGUGGAGGAGUGGGUCUAAUUCUUUGAAAGACUUUGCCAGUGGAAAGUAGAUUUUCAAACUGGAUAACACUCAGGCCUCUGGGAGAACCCCAAGCCUCUUUGCAAGAUGCUCUGGCAGGCUGUGGAUGGCACACGAUUCUCCCUCUGAAUUCGACAUUUGUUGAGGCUGACAAGCCAAAGCCCUUGCACAAUUUAAUCUUCAUGUAACUUCUUUCCAUUGUCCAGCUGUAGGCAAAGGAAAUGGGCGAUGAAAGUUUUGAAGUCUACUCCAGCACCCACAUUUUCCUGUCUUUGUUUGCUUUACUUUAUAAAUUUUUUCCAUACAUGCUAUAUAGAUCUUGCUCUAGUUUACCUUUUGGCACCAAAUGGAAAGGGAGAGUUGGCUUUAAAGGGGCUGUGAAGUAGGAGCCAAGCUUGACUCUGUCCAGGGGAGACAAAAAGAGACAGAAGAAGUUACUUCCACCAGCACCCCAGAAAGCAAUCAGACAUUCCCCGUGUGUGGUCAGUGAACAGAUGGGAGUCUGUGUUUGCAGCUUUGGCCAAUGUAAUUCAGCAAAUCCUCGCUGGCACCCGUGGUGUGCCAGGCCCUGUGCCAGGAGCAGGGGAGGGAGGAUGAAUGAGGCAUGUCUGUGAGGCUCUCCCGGUCUGUGCUCUGCUGCAGUGGUUCCUUAGCAGUGUUGGAGGCUGUCCAGAGCAGUCAGGACGUUGGACAGAAAUUGGGGUUGGAGGAGGUGGGAUAACUUGCUCUGGCCAUUAUCCACCCUAAGUAGGUGUCAUUCUGAGUGCCCUAACACACAUGCCUGAGCAGACCAAGGAGAUCUCUAGGGACGUGGGCAGUGUUUCCCUGAAUGUUCUACUGAGCCUGACCCAGCUCACUUAUAGAUGAAAGACAGAAACCCUGCCCACUUGGCAGAAAUAACACAGCUGAUGACUGGGAUUCAGAGGAAUCCUUAAGCCAGAGUAAGUCCUUAAGUAUGAGUAGCAGCCAGGAGGACCUCGAAAGUGAGGAAGGGUGGUCCAGGAGCAGGCUAGUGCGAACCAAGUCCCUCAAGGCUUGAGCCAGCUGGGGUCAAGGGAGCCCCUCUGAGGCCCGGAGUCAGAGCUGAAAGGCACAGGAGGGCCUGACUCUGGAGGACCUGCUGAGGGUGUGUGCUCGAUUCUGUAAGCAGGGAUCUCCAAGGUGGGGUCUCUGAACCAGCAGCAUCAGUGUCCCCUGGGAAUCUAUGAGAAGUGUAAGUUCUCAGCCCCAUCCAGACCUACUGAAUCAGAAACUCUGGGGGUGAGCAAUCUGCGCUUUAAUGUGCUCUUUGGUUCUGAUGGGCACUAAAGUUUGAGAGCCACUGACAUAUAGGAUGAGGAGAAUGACUUAAGCUGGCAUUGGGAGGAACUGACUAUUAACCAAUAAGGUAAAAUAAUCAAUUUCUAGCACAGUGAUGACAGGGGGCCAAAGCAGACCACCCCGCCCCACCCUCCAGGGCCUUCGGGGCUCAGUUCACACUCCCUAAAGCAGUGGUCUCAGGGAGCCUGGUCCUAGUCCCAACUCCCCUCUCCUCUCUGGCAGGAGACAAUUCCUGCCUGCCUGCCCCUUCCAUCUAAGAGCGCAGCAGCUCAGGAGAGGCUGCAGUGAGGCCACCAUCCCUGGGGAGGCCUCGGGCCAGGUUCUUGUCAGCUGAGCAGCGUCCUUGGAGAGGGGAAAGAAUGAGACAGCAGCGCUGACCCUGGACCUCCAGGGAUCUGCUCUCCCCCAGCCUGUCUGUGGGUGGAGCCGUCCAGGGCCUGGCCGAGGGGAGCGGGGUCAGUUAAGGACAUGCCUGUUACUACAGCACGUUCCAGCUGUAAUGGGCCUGGGGCAUGCAGCAUCACAAUGCAAACACUACACUGGGUGGAGAAUAGAUGGCUUUUCUUGGAAGGGCAGAAACUCAUUCUUGAUGUUACCGAAAGUAGAAAACAAAACCCAAGAACAAACCCGCAGCCUGAUCUACGGUCUGAAUCUGUCUAGGCCCUCCAGUUUCCCAGGCCUGCGAAGCUGCCAAGCUCCACCAACACCCUUUCCCCAACUGACCAGAUGCCUGAGGUCCGCCUCUUAUUGAUUUAUGGCUAUAGCUCCGUGCAGGCCCACAAAGCCUCGGGAGGAACUCGUCGGCGCUUUAUCAGUCAUUUGCACCUGAGUCUGGAGCAGUCUCCUCGUAUGGGGGUUUUUGAGAUUGGGAGCCAGAGGGCCAAGGAGCCAGGCCUUGGGGUGGAAGGAGAGAGGAAAGACAGACUAGACACAAGGCUGAGGGGAAGGAGCGUCUGCUUUUGAGUUCCUAGGAGCUCAGACUCUCUCCUGCACAGGGACAUGUCCACGUCCUCUCAGCAGUCUCCUCACUGAGUCCUGAAUGGCCUAAAGAAAACCCCUGUUUGUACAGCCCAGCAUGGGAAAAGGUCGUCUGAUAGAAAGCGCAACCAAUUUCCUGAGGCCAACACAGAGAUCCUAUUGAGAAUAACUCACCUAUAAUAAGUUAGAAUCCACUAAAAAGGAAGAAUACAGCUUGCCAGUUGUCUCCUUGGGAGAGAGCGUGGAGAAAAGCACACAGGAAGGGUCUUCACAGCCUGGCCUGAGUGAAUUCUCUGAUUCACAUUUCUCUCCCCUGACUUAAGGCAACUGUGUUUCCCUUACAUAAGUCAUUUAUUGCAAAAGCCUCUUUUGGCACAAAAGGACAGAGUGGGAUGGCAGGAAGUGAGGGAGAGUCCUCUGGUAGUUCUGGAAGCAGGCUGGGCUCUGUCUUCAUCGGCAGUCCUGGACUUGUGUCGGGGCAGUCAGGACUGAGGGUCAGGAGCUCAGAUCCAGCCAGGACACCAGUGGAGUGAAUGGGUAGUGCGGGGUGUUCCCUGGGGAGGCUGAGCCCAGAUGAGACACACAGGUAGGUCAUCGGGCAGGAACAGCUGUUCACAUCUGUCAGAAACAAUGGAGAGUGCUUCUUUGCAAUACCAGGCUGGGCGUCUCCCAGCUCCUGCCUGCAGCAGUCUUCCCCUUCUGAGGAGCAGAGAGGAGCUGGCACCUCUGCACCACUGAAGUGACACACCCCCAGAGGCAGUCCCCACCCCAUGAGAACUUGCAGUUAAGUGAAACCACAGUCCUCCCUUCCCAGGCACCUGAUAAGGUUCCUGACCAGGACCCUGGAAAGCAUGGUCAUGUGAGGCUAUGGAUCCCAAUUCCUGCCACCUCUGAUGUCACAAGGGCCACCUCCUCAAGUCAGGAAGAGCAACUUAUCUAUCACAGCACUGAGCAUGUGCCCGACUGAUGUUGAGUAGAAUUGAGUCCCAGAGAUCAUCUGACCUCGAUGAAGAGACUUGGUUUGAAAAAUUAAGAUUUCCCAAUGAAGAAAUACUCCUUCAACUUCUCUCUUAAUGCAUUAGUCAAGGUCCUUUAUAAAAUCAGCUCAAGGAAAAGAGGAAGUACAGUGGGCAAAGGACAAGCCAUGCUGCCCAAAUGGACAAAAACCAGGAGUGUGUGUGUGUGUGUGUGCAUGUGUGUGUGUGUCUGGAGAGCAACCUCUCCCUGGCUGGAGUCAGGAAAGGAGUCCUAAGCGAGGAGCAGGAGGAGAUGGGCCUUGGUGGGCCCACUUACUCCACCCUAUGCUCGUGGGCCUGAGGAGAGAAGGCCCUAAUUUGUUAAUGACCCCAGUCCUGUGCUGCUCUCCAGUCCCUUCCUCAGAGUGACUGCAGAGGAGACUCAUCAACAUGAGGCUCAGCUCCCAGUAGACUAAUGAAAAGAGGGCACAGGCAUGAGAAGGGCCAGAUGCGGACGGUGUGUAUUAAU